UGGGCCGGGGGAAGAUGCUCAACCGCUGAGCCACGCAGGCGCCCCAAUUCAGUCAUCUUUAAUACCUGCCUGGAAAACAGGAGGAAACAAGACUUCACUUUUUUCAGAACGUCCUUUAAAUACCCAAGAGCACGCCCUGACUGUCGGCGGUGUGUGUGAUCUUGGAGAGAUGGUUUCAUCCGUCGGGAUUCCGACAGCACAUGGGGAGUCCCUGGUGAAGACAGGCAGGACCUCAUGGGGCUGAAUCUGGCCUUCUAGUCUAGAUGGCCUCACCUGAUCACAGUGAUGGUAAAUGUGAGUAGCCACGACGUCAGGUGUAUUGUGUGUUCUUGGGGAUGAGUGCUUCCGUGGGUUCUUGGAGGUGCAUUGGUCUCCUAGCUUUUAGGUUUUCCAGCUCUGUUGGGUAAAAAAAAAUCUUUUUGAGUAUGAUUUCCUACUAGAGAUGUAUUUAUAAACAAUGCAUGUAGUAUUUUGUAUGUGGUAGAUCAUACCAAAAGUAGAGUAGAAAGAUGGUGUUUAAAAAAAAAAAUGAAAAUAUAUUUUCUCCGUACUCCAGUGGAUCACUAAGUACUCCCUGAAGGGAUGUAUGCUCCUUCAUGGACCCCCACGCUGGGUCAUGAAGCAGGCCGUGGCAGCUAAAGGGAAAUCCUGCUCAUCUGGGUAUGUACCGACUUUGCUUACCUGGACACCACUUAAGAGUACAGACUUGUCACACCCCGGCAACACACACCUAAGACCUUGAAGUCAUUCACUGGAACACAUAGCUGGGCUACAUCUUUAUUUUCUAAUAAAGAUUCUCAACUGAAAUCAAGCAAAGAGCAGACAAGAAAUGUUGAUUGUAUAGACUGGGGCACUCGAAGUAGCAAGUGGAAUUGUAUUUUUAUUGUCCUGGACACCUUUAAGAAGGACCAAGAAAUUGGGGUGGGAAGACCAUGGUAUCUUAAGAACGCUCUUGAUUUAAUUAGGGUUGUUCUAAGAGAUUUCAAUGCUAGAGGCUCUCAUUUUUAUAGAAGACAUUUAUAAAAAUACAUUUUUUUUUCUUCUUAGCCCCUGAGCCAGUAUGGGACAAAUACUUCUCGAGCACCACUGUAUGGCCAGCCCUGCGCUAGAUGCUGGGCACACGGAUAUGAAGACAGUCCUGCCUCUAGCUUAGUCUGCAGGGAGCCACCGUACAGAGCUGGCAUUGACAGAAACUGGGGGAACAAACUGAACAGCCACACAAGGAAAAGAGAAAGUGUGACCAUUUAGGUCAUCGGUAGUGGUUUGGUGUUGCUGAGCUGUGAGGUGUGUGAGGGAGCAAGGGCUGGAGACAGAGUAAUACCUUCAGUUUGACCCUGGACACUGGAGCAGGCUGGAGUGCUAGGUUGCUCCGGAGACAGCGUUUGGAGGGUGCCCCUGGGAGAUGAUGUCAGCCUGACGUAAUUCUGUGGUGUUAGGAUGGACGGGGAUGGUGGUUGUAAAGUUCUUUUGGGAGGGGGGUGAGUGGGACUGUCAGAUACUGAUGAUGGUACAGACUGGGAGUAAGGGAGAAACAUCUACAGAUAUUUUGUGGUCACUCACUGAGGAAAUUUGAGUUAAUAUUUGGGGGAGCGUGGGAAGGAAUAUCUGGCUGUACAUAAGGCGGAAAAAAGAUGACAGGAGGGUUAGGAAAAUUCUUGACAAGUUUACUUUCCAAAUGAAACUUGAGAGAAAUUUGUUGUACUCAUUCUAACCUUUCUGAGUUUUCAGUGUGUUACUGAUUUGAAUGAAUGUUAUUUGAAUUAAGAAAUUCGAUUUUAUUUUUAAGAAACUCGAUUUUAAAAAAAACUUGCCCACUCAGACCAUCUUUCUUAAGAUCCAUUGCUAAUCUGCAGCAGUGGCUCUCAAACCUCAGUGUCAGCAGAAUCACUUGGAGGUUCCUUUGAAAGAAGACUGCUCAGCCUUCUUCCUAGAACUCACGGUUCUUGUGUCGGGAGCAGCCUGAGAAUUUGCAUCUCUGACAAGUUCCCAAAUGAUGCUGCUGGUCCAGGGACGAGCUCUGAGAACUACUGCUCUUCAAGUUUCCUGAGCUCUGAGAACUGCUGCUCUUCAGUUUCCGUCCUGCUCCCUGCUUGAAUGAUUCACACGCAAGGAAACAAGGCGUCACCCUGUUUCCUGUAGAAUGAACUUUGGAAUAGUAUUUGUCCACGUAGGAGCCAGACUUUCAUUUAGGAUUGAAUAUGCAGAUUUGAAAUAAACUAGUUUUUUUUUUUUUUUCUCCAUUGUAGGUGCUCAGUAAAUAUUUGUGGAAGGAACAAAGCAUACAUGACAGUGCAGACUGAAAUGUGUCACUUUGGAGGCAGCUAUUUUGUUUAUGUAAAAAAGAACUGAUAAUCUGGAAUUAACUCUUCUGGACCACUUGGCCCUUUGACCUCUUACUUGGUCCACUUUCCUUAAUGGGUACAUGCGAAGAUUUCUUGCCAGCUUAGUGUGGAAACCAUUGAUCACCUUGCCCUCGUUUCUGCCUGUUUUGUGUCAGCGCGAGAGAGUGCCCAAAUGAGCAAGAUAGCACAGCAGAGCAGUACUCCGGGGAUACGCGUUAUUCAUACUCAGGCUCAUGCCAGCGGCUUACAGCAGGUUCCUCAGCUGGUGCCUGCUGGCCCGGGGGGAGGAGGCAAAGCCGUGCCCCCAAGCAAGCAGAGCAAAAAGAGUUCGCCCAUGGAUCGCAACAGUGAUGAGUAUCGUCAGCGCAGAGAGAGGAACAACAUGGCUGUGAAAAAGAGCCGCUUGAAAAGCAAGCAGAAAGCACAGGAUACGCUGCAGAGAGUGAAUCAGCUCAAAGAAGAGAAUGAACGGUUGGAGGCAAAAAUUAAAUUGCUGACUAAGGAGCUAAGUGUACUGAAAGAUUUGUUUCUUGAGCAUGCACACAACCUUGCAGACAACGUGCAGCCCACUAGCACUGAAAAUACAACAGCAGCUUCUGAUAGUGCGGGACAGUAGACCUCACUCACCCCUUCCCGACUUCACGACUUGUGGCUUGAACGCUAAAGGUGUGACUACCUGCACCGCUCGCAUCAGUGGCCGAACGUUGUCUUGUUCAUGACUCAGAGAUCCACUGAAGGUUGUUUUCUAGGAUCAGCACUGAAGAGUUGAUUAGCUAAAAAUGUUAGCCAUGUAAUUUGAAUAUCUAGUUUUAAAUGAUACGAAUUUUUUUGUGGGGAUAAAGCAAAUUUUUAAGGUAUAUGGUAAAAAGAAAACCAAAAAACCAAGAACCCUGGACCUUGAUGUUCUUAAUAAACCCUCACUUCCCAAGAAAUGCUUCUUUUUUAGGUUGAUAAAAGGAAUGGGGAACUAGCAGGUCCUGCAGGAGGGUCUUGGUUUUAUUGGAGAUGAUUAAUUAGGCUAAGAAAAGUUGAAUGCCAUCUAUGUUAACGUAUUUGUGAUUUUUUUUUUCUAAAUUAUGUAUUAAAAAUCCUUAGGGCUAUAGAAAUCAAUCACUUUGUAAUUUGGAGUGAUUUUAUGUAUGACAUAAACCUUGUUUUAGCCUAAUUUGUUUUCCCCCAACAAGUGUUAGUUUUUGAGUAGCAGUGCCAGGUUAAGUAAAUUCCAUUGUUUUAAGGCAGUAUAUAUCCAGUUGGCUUAAAAAUGCAAAUAAUUAGGAGGCAAAUAGGUUUCCUAAAAAUAAAGGUAAAGCAUAUUAGAAUUAUGCUUUCAGGAUACCUUUGGGUUAUUAGAUUCGCAUUAUUUUGUUUUCUAACAACAAAAAACCCCCAAGAGUUUAGAGAUAAACUUGUGUACCAAAAUUUUUGUUUCCAGUAAGUGAAUAUUUUUAAAAUACCAUUUUGACAGCUAAGUUAGUAGACAGAUGCCUUAACAGUUUAGUAAUUGGGAUUUAGGUAGUUUCUCCUAUGUCUAAAUAUCUGCAAUGGGGCCAUGAUUUUUAAAGGCAAAAAUUUCUUUGAAGGAUCAUUUGGCGUUUGAUCUUAACCAAGUGAUUAUUAGAACAAUAUAUCAUCGACUGUAUGCCAUCUCCCAAAAUAAUAGUCUAAGAAAACUUGAAAGCGUAAGGUUUAACCUUUAAUUUAUUUCAUUUAAAUACAUCUUUUUAUAUUGUUCUUGUGACGCUUCUUUUUCUAGUUAGUGGGCUCUUCUAGACUUUUUGUACCACUGCUUCUGUUUGUUCAUUUGUAUGCUUUUGUGUCCCAUAAAUUAUUUUAGAAAGAAAAUACAGAUAAAACUCAGGAUAAUGACAUUUUUGUUGAGACUAAAAAAAUGGCAAUCACAAGUCGGGGAUCGCUAGGGUCUGGUUCAUAGCAGCGUUGGUGGUUUUGAUUGUUCUUGUAGAUUUCUUUUUUUUUUUUUUUUUCUUUUUUUAAAGCACAAUUCUAGCUCAGAUUUGUUGGCAUUUGUGUGUGUGUGUGUGUGUGUGUGUGUGUGUGUGUGUGUGUGUGGCUGGGCUGGUGACAAGAGGCUGAGUCACAUCUGAGUAAAAAAGUGUGUGUUACCAGGUAUCUAAUUUGAACAUGGUCACUUAUUUUUUGACCAUAUUGUUUCAUACUAGGGCCUGGAACAGUGUAACCAGGAUGUAACCCGAGUUGCACCUUUGGGCUGGUGCAAGAGUGCUGUCUGUGCCCCUGGGGCAGGCGAAAAUACCACCGUGACCUGCAACUCAGCAAAGCCAUUAUUGCGGCCAUGAGCCUCUGCCGCAUGUGACUGGAACCCAGUGUUGUUCCGUGAGAGCCACUGUCCCAGGAGGGGUGACUCCCUGGAGAGCCAGGAGGCAGGAUGGAGGUUUCUGUUAGGGUCCAACACCAGUUUACUUCGGCUGGAGUAUCAGUCUACUUCUGGGUUGACAGAUAUUUUGACUAACUAGGAGGUAACCCACAGAAUCCUACUGAAUCUUUAAUAGCUGAUUGAUGUUAUAUAAUUAACCUAAUUAGAGGUGCAGUUAGGUCCCCCGAAUCUUUAGGCUUCUGUAAAGGUGCUACAGACAUCGUAGUCCCUUGUUUACUAAAAAAAAUGUCUUUCAGAAAUUGUCCCUAUGGAAUUUAUAGUCACCAAUUAGGUGAACUGACUUAACGGUCUUGGAAAAGCGGCUUCAGGGAAAUCGUCAGGGGUGUGCACUGGAGAUUUCAAAUCAGAACAUUGAAUUGAAACUUCUGGAAAAAAUGGGUCACGUGUGCAUCGGACAGAAGGGUUAACCGUCGUCUUGAUUCUCACUGAAGUGUCUGGGAAUGGAAGUUUUCAGUUUGAUAGACGUAGGAGUAUCACUGAGGGAAACCAGGUGUGGGGGAUGGGAAGUCUAGAGCUUUGGGAUUUGUAAAAUGGCUUUUGUAAGUCCUGUAGGUCACACAUAUGACCCAUUAGGCUUUGAUCUGCCUUUGCCGGCAGGUCCAGUGGUUUAGGAGUUAGGCUUUUGGGGUCAAUGUCUGGCUGCAUCUGAGUCCGCGAUGGAGGCGGGUGCUUUCCGGCUGGUGUUGGCAGCAGGUGGUGAGGUGGGAGCGGCUCCUCUGCUGUCUGGCCCCUUUGGGUGGCUGGAACGGGAGCUCAGAGACUUUGGACAGUCUUACUAAGUGGUAGUAAGAUCCUAAUAAAAUAUGACCGGAUUUUUGAAAUUUAGGGUCACAAGUGUGACACUCUGCAGUUCACGAAGAAAAGUAGUAUGUGCAAUUUAAUAUUUGGAAUUAAAUCGGCCUCCGAUGUUUCUCAGUCCCCAUGACAGGGCCUGACACUUUGUACCUGAACAACCCAGUUAGCACUCAGCGUGCUUUUUUCGAUGCCUUAGAGAUAGGAAGCAACUUUUCUGUUUGACAAAAGCUCGGGAGGGGAAAGUCCAUUCUAUAGCUGUUAGAUCCGCCUCUCAGGAAAAAGUCCUCAACUUGUUCCUUUUUUUUUUUUUUUUUGGUCCUGGCUUUCCUCGGUUUGUGAGAUUACUCUAUUUUUUUAAAUAUAAUUUUAUUUCUUUCAAUGAACUUGAAAUAAAAAAACUUUGGAAUAAUGA